GCCCACCGUUCGGAUUGGCCCCGUCGCACUCACACAACUUGUGUGCAGCCCUGACACACAACCGCAUCAGAUGAGAGCUCCCCCGGAAAAAGCAAAGCCAAAAAAACCCCCGAGAUUUUACAGCCAUACCCCGCACACCACGCCACGCAGAUCUUUUCUCCUCUUCCUCCUCCUCCCUUGACUUUCCCCCACGGCGAGGCGAGGGCGCGAGGCGGCGAUCACCGCGUCCAAGCCGGCGAUGGAGGGCGCGGAGGCGGAGGAGCGGAGGCUGGCGGCGUCGCUGACGGCGCGGUACUCGGACUGGGUGGUGGAGGCGCUGGACGAGCUCCCGGGGAGCUUCAUCCUCACCGACCCGGCCAUGCCGGGCCACCCCAUCGUCUACGCCUCCAGGGGGCUCGCCUCGCUCACGGGGUACCCGCCGCGGGAGGUGCUCGGCCGCAACGCGAGGCUCUUCCAGGGCGCCGACACCGACCGCGCCGCGGUGGCCGGGGUGCGGGAGGCCGUGCGCGGGCAGCGGCCGCACCAGGUCUCCAUCCUCAACUACCGCCGCGACGGGGAAGCCCACUGGGUGCUGCUCCACCUCGCGCCCGUCUUCCACGCCUCCGACGGCCGGGUGCUCCACUUCCUCGCCGUGCAGGUGCCCAUCGCGCCGCCCGCGUCCCGGCGCCGCACGCCGCCGUGCCGGGCCGCCCGCCCGUUCGUGGUGUUCGCGGCGUGCCGCGAGGAGGCCAGGGUGGAGGAGGAGUGCCCCUGCGCGAGCCACGCGGGGGAGGUGUUCGUGGAUGUGGAUAAGAGAGGGCAGGAUGCUGAGGAACCGCGGGUAGCUAGCGAACAUGAGAAAGAAAAAGCACUGAGUACAGCUAACAGCAUCUUCUCUGCGUUGAACCGCUACAGCAAACUCACUGGUCUAGUGGUCUGCGGGAAGAGAUGUGAUUCUGUUGGCAUCCCAGCACUCAGUUCUUCAUUAAAUCUUUCUCUUGGUAGAAUCAAACAAAGCUUUGUAUUGACUGACCCCCAUUUGCCUGACAUGCCGAUCAUCUAUGCUAGUGAUGCUUUUCUAUCACUAACAGGUUACUCAAGAGAAGAAAUCUUGGGCUGUAACUGCAGAUUCUUGAAUGGUCCUGGCACUAGUGUGGAGGUUUUAGAACAGAUAAAUCAACAUAUUUGUUCUGAGCAAGCUUGCACGGUUCAUCUACUAAACUACAGGAAAGGUGGAAGCUCGUUCCGUGAUCUUCUACAUAUAUCUCCUAUACGAAAUGCAUCGGGCAAGGUAGCAUUUCACGUGUGGGUUCACCUUGAUGAGGGUGCAAAGUAUGAUUUUAAUGGGCUGACCCCCGAGGUAUGGCAGCUUGGUGCUGUUGGUGCGGUGAGAGUGGCAGUCAGAAGCUUGUCUGCGUCAGGAAGCCUGUUGAGACCGUCCCAAUAGCAUUAUCUAGUUUCUUGCCAUUUUAUGACUUGUCGACUUGCCAAUGUACAUUGAGUUGCCUGUUGUCUGUAAAGUAAUUGCUUGGUGGAAAAUUUUCAGCUCAUUUGUUCGCGUAAAAAGGCGAGGUGGGUAUUACAUGAUGGUUGUGAUUUUUGUAAAUACGCAAAACGAAGGGAAUGGGGGAAAUGGUUCGUUUCCAUAUGAAGAGAAGUGGUUCUUAUGACAGAACUCUUACAUAGCAACAGACCUUUUUAACCAUGUAGCAUUGACAUUACAGGAUUUGUUGUCUUGAACUGGUGGUUGUCAUGUAGUUUUUGAUGUGAAAGGGUGGUGAGAAUUC